CACGUGGAAUUCUGGGCUCUUUUGCCUCUCUCGCUCGACACCGGUUAAGGUGGGAGAGAGACUGUUCGGGUAAACGUGGGACUCCUUGGAACGGAGAGGGAGUGAGACUGAGAGAGACAGUGACUGCGUUCAUUCUUUUUCGUUGUUGCGAUACAAAUGUUCAGGCUUGCCUAAUCAUGGAAAGACGUCGCCUGGCAGUCCAUGAGCUCUGAAACGCGACGGCCGCCGAGCGUUUGCGCCGAGUGAUGUGAACACGAGCCAGGCAGCGAUCCAAGCUUUAGCGCCGAGCGGAUAGACUCAAGCAGCAACCAUGGCCAAGUCGGAGGAGCAGGUGGUCGAGCAGGACCGCGCGGCGUCGCUGGGGAACAGCGUCGACGACAACAACAACAGCGACGACAGCAACAGCAGCAGCGACGACGGCAGCAAGAGCCAGGCGAUCGAGGCUUCGGGAGGCAAGUACCAGCUGCGCCCUCGCUCGCUGCACGCGCGGCGCCUCUGCGACGGCGGCGACUGGAGCUUCCAGGACGCGAUACGGAGCAAGCCGCGUCCUCCGCCGCUGUCCAGGUACCGCAGGAAGACCGCCAACGCCAGGGAGCGAUACCGCAUGCGGCAGAUCAACACCGCCUUCGAGAGCCUCCGCGGCGUCCUGCCCUCGUGGGUGUGCAGUCGCCGCACCGCCUCGGACAUGACCAAGAUCGCCACGCUGAGGCUCGCCUCCGCCUACAUCCGGUCCCUGCAGGACAUCCUGGACGGCAACGCCCCGCAGGACACGUGCUCGUGGGUCCUGUCCAGCAUCCUGCAGGACGCGUCUCGGCCGCACGACGACUCUGAGAGGAGCGGCACCGCCCCCAAGGCCCCAGGGAGCGACGACGCGUGCGCGCACUCGGAGGCCGACCUCGUGUCCCUGCUGUGCGGCUCCUCGGGCGCGCAGGACGGCCUCGAGUCGCUCUCGUACCUCGCGCCCAUGACCGAGAGCGACACCGUGACGCUGCUGCUGCUCGAGUCCGACUCGCACAGGCACUGGAACGAGCAGCACCCGCCGCUCGUGUCCUAAAGGCGAGGACCGGACGGGUCGUGUUCUGUGGCGUAGUGAUAGUGUCCUUCCCUGCGCGCGUGUGGCGAGUGUGGUGUUGCAAGGCGUCGUAGAGGGAGUCGUCUGAGGCUGAGAAAGACCCGCCGUCGCUGACAGUGAAGUGAUGACGAAAUAGUCUUUCGUAUUGUUAGUGAUGGUGCGGUCAUCACUUGUAUGCAGGAGUGAAGCUUAAAAAUUAACAACUGCAAUAACGUGCAAUGAAUAUCGUUAGGGCGUCGAACAGCACGUAUUCCGCAAUGAGACAACGUAUGAUGUGAUUACCUUACAGUCAGCACCGUACUGAUAGUGAACAUUCAGUCAUCACACGUAAUACUAGCUCAGUCGUGGUGAACUUUUUUGUGAUGGUGUGAGGGUUGAUCAUAUAAUGUAAUGCAAUAAUGAACUGUGAUGAAUAUGUCCUUCCCUUUUUCUAUAUAUAUUCUAUGUAUUUAUAAUCGAAACUAUAUAGGUAUUUAUACUGUAUGUGAUGGAAAUUCCGAGAUAGUCAGCAUAGAGUGCAAACAAGUACGAAGAUUUUCUGUUAAGAAUUUCCCUGUUUUUUAUAAGAACUUUCUCGAACAAAUAGUUUAAGAGAGAAAAAAAGAAAACAUUUCUCGCCAGUCAGCAAA